AUGUUUCCAUCGAUGUCAUCGAUACCUUUGAGCCGUCGUCUGAUUGUAUCACUAUCUUGUAUAUUAGGGCUACUAUUUGAAUGUUAUAAUGACGGUUUUUGGGGAGGAAACAGCCGAAUUCGUCAUCCUUUAACAACUUCCCUUCGAAGACGCUUGAGUGAUCGAAAUGUUCGUUUCCUAGCUUUCGGAGGUCCUUCGACUUGGGGAUUUGGAUUGGAAGAUCCUAAUGAUUCCACUUUUUCCACAAUACUAUCUGAUGGACAUGUACACAAUGCUGGUCAACUUGUAUCAUCAACAGCAGCGACAACGACGUCUGUACCAUCCAAGUUGACAGGAAAUUUGGGUGGAAGAGGAUGGCCAACCCUAGCCUCGCUUUGUACUCAGUCUAUUGUCGGAGACGACAAUGUAUAUGAUGUUAUAUUGAUCGAGACCUCGUUUUAUCAUUUCCAUGCUCCCUCCGCUACCUUUGAUGAAGAUGACGAUUCAUUGGAGGAGGAUAUUCAACGCAACUACGAUGCCCUUGGCUUACUAGCAAGUCGAAUUCGUCAACGUUUUCCGCUAGCAAAAAUCAUUUUUGUUCAACUCUGGGACCCAUCGGAGAUGAACUACCUCGAAGAAAAUCACGAUGAUGACGGCUAUGAUUAUGAUGAUCAAUAUCGAUUCAAGAAUACAAUUGGCAAAGGAGCAGAGAAAAAGGUUGUAACGUUUGACCAAUGGAGAAACAAUCAAACGGAGGUUCCAUGGCGAUCUUUUUGGGAAAGCAAGGAGUACCACCAGGCUGUCAAAAGACAUGACUGGAUGUUGUCGUCAAGAAAGGAAGAUACCUUCGAUCUUUACUUGAACAACCUGGCAAACAAAAUCCAAGCUUUCAUGUACAAGCUACCAAGGCCAAGUGACCCCACUGAAGCUCUAGCAAAAGCCCAAAAGCUUUUCGUGGAGGUCGAAAUGAUGGAUUAUGAUAGAGAUGAUGGGAUUAAAUACCAGUAUGCGCUUUCGAGUCAGGGCCACCGCCUAGUCGCUACCUCCAUUCGAUCUCAAUAUCUGAGAAAUAUCCAAUCAACAAUUUUGCAAAGUUCCGAUGAAUGGAGAAAUCGGGUUGGAGACUGGGGAUCUGGAGAUUCUUGUCAGCUCUGGUACGAAACGAAUCAAAUCGACAAUAAGAAAUUAACCUACCAGGGAUUGUCGCUGCGCUCAUUUUCCAAACCCAUGACGGAACCAAAGUAUGCACUAGAGCUAUCCUCCUCUGAAGAGGAUGGUGGAACAAUCACUGUUACAAACCCAUUUCCCGAGUCGCGAAUGGUUUACCUCACCUACAUGACAACUUCGGACUUUGCCUUUAGCAACAAGGUGUAUCCCAGCACCAAAGUGCAAGUUUCAGAUAAGAGCUCGGUGGUAUUGGAUCCCCGUCACGAAGGCAAAUCGAUUCAGCACCAGAUCCCCCGCACGACAGCCAUCGGAAUGAUACCAGGGAAUCAUGCACAAACGACCAUUCGACUGGAAACAGUAGAGGGGACUGUCUCGCCGUUUCGGAUCGUAGGAGUGAGUUUGCUAUACGAAAGUGGAAAGGCAAUUGGUAGUCACAAAAUCCCUUCCGAGUUUUCGUUGAUCAUUGAACCGACGCAUGUAUCGGAGCUACACAAAUAUGCAGAUUUCUUUUGA